AUGGAGCUCAAGUGCCUUUUGAUGUGGCUCUUGGUUGGAUCUGUCAAGGGGAACAAGCCAGAAGAAUGCCCACCGCUUCCAAGGACCAAAUUUGCUGAUGUUACUGCUGAAGCGUAUCCACUGGGGACCAGGCUCUAUUAUGAAUGUGACAGUGGCUACAGGAGGAGAAGCGGCCAGUAUUUGGGAAUUCAGUGUCGGAGUAUACAGCAGGUUGCUUCUUGGGUCUACAAGGAGUUCGAAUGCAUUGAUGAGAAAAUUUUGUUGUCAACGGCUCCCACGAUGGAGUUAGAUUUUGCACAGACGCCAGAAAGAAAAACACAGAGCCCUGCACCCCAGAAGCGACAAAACCUUUCAGAGUUUAAUCAGAAAGAUUUUUGUGGUCCUCCCAAGACUAUUCCACAUGCCUCCUUAAGCCUGCCUGAUCAGUAUUACGUGGGACAAGUAUUGUAUUUACAAUGCCAGAGCGGUUACGAUAAGCGACUCCCCACCUCUGGCACCCGCAGGUGCAAGAAGGUGGAUGGAGAAAUCAUUUGGACCCCCCUUGACAUGCAGUGCACCAACGACAGCAGCUCUAAUGACAAGUGGCUGCCACAGACUAUUGGCCCAGGUUCAACUCAUCAAUCCUUUUCCUCGUCUGUGAUACUGCCAGUUUCUAUGCUCUUCUUCUUAGCCUUAACUCACAGUGCACAGUAA